CUCGUAGAAGUGAAGCACUCUGGGAUUGUGGGAGUAAGAUGGCGGGGAAGAAGAAUGUUCUGUCGUCUCUGGCAGUUUACGCGGAAGAUUCAGAGCCCGAGUCCGACGGCGAGGCUGGGGUCGAAACGGCGGGCGGCGCGCCUGAGGAGAAAGGUGGAUUAGUAUCAGAAGCGUAUGGAGAGGAUGACUUCUCUCGCCUCGGAGGUGAUGAAGAUGGUUAUGAAGAAGAAGAGGAUGAGAACAGCAAACAGUCGGAAGAUGACGAUUCAGAGACUGAAAAACCUGAGGCUGAUGACCCAAAGGAUAACCCAGAAGUAGAAAAGCGAGAUCCUCAGGAAUUAGUUGCCUCCUUUUCUGAAAGAGUCCGGAACAUGUCACCCGAUGAAAUCAAGAUCCCGCCCGAGCCCCCUGGCAGGUGUUCGAACCACUUGCAAGACAAGAUCCAGAAGCUUUAUGAGCGGAAGAUAAAAGAGGGAAUGGAUAUGAACUACAUUAUCCAAAGGAAAAAAGAAUUUCGGAACCCCAGCAUCUAUGAGAAGCUGAUCCAGUUCUGUGCAAUCGAUGAGCUGGGCACCAACUACCCAAAGGAUAUGUUCGACCCCCACGGCUGGUCUGAGGACUCCUACUAUGAGGCAUUAGCGGCUAAAGCCCAGAAGAUUGAAAUGGACAAAUUGGAAAAGGCCAAAAAGGAACGAACCAAAAUCGAGUUUGUGACAGGCACCAAGAAAGGUACCACGACCAACGCCACGGCCACCACCACCACCACGGCCAGCACAGCGGUGGCAGAUGCCCAGAAGAGGAAAAGCAAGUGGGACUCGGCCAUCCCGGUGACGACGAUAGCGCAGCCCACCAUCCUCACCACCACGGCGACCCUGCCCGCCGUCGUCACGGUGACCACCAGCGCCAGCGGCUCCAAGACCACUGUGAUCUCUGCCGUGGGCACCAUCGUGAAAAAGGCCAAGCAGUGACCUGAGGGACCAGCUUGGAGUGGCUCGGACAUUCUUCUUCCCGUCGAUGGGAGGAGCCGCUCCGGGGCCCAAGGAGACUGUGUAGCGCAGCGAACCGCAUUAGCGCGGAGGAGCCGCUCUGUUUAUUUCAGGACUGGGAUCUGCUCCCAGGUGCCACCCCAAGAGGAGCCUCUGUGUGGCUUUCCAGCCAGGGAAAGGACAUUGCCACAGAGGAGUUGGGUGCUAUGGACUGUGUGGACACACCACUUGGGGCCCGGGGCCCUAUUAAAAGUGCCGUGUUUCCCAGCUCGGGCCUCUUGGCUGCACUGGCCUCUACUGUGGUCUGUUUUCAGGCAGAAGUGGGAGUUCCAAGUGCUCUCUCCAUCUCUUGUCAGGGUCACUACCUCAGCGUUGGUAGUGGAGCGGCCGAAGCCUAUGGCCUUAGUCCGUGGGGGUGGCCCGGGAAGUUGGCGUGUGAUCACUCCCAGCGUACGCCUCUUGGCACGGGCAGAUGGGAGCCCUGAUGGUAGGGGAGCCCCCUGGUCCCGCUGUCCACUGCCCUGAUCCUGAAACCCAGCCAGGUCUCCGAUGAGAGCCGAGGCCUCUCUUCCCUUGGGGGUGACUGAGCCCUCCCCCGACCAGUUUUUAGACACACCCAGGCUUUUGAAGUCAAGCCAGUUGCCAGAAGGCCUGGGUUUGAUCCCCAACCCACACACAGAGCCAGAGAGGCCUCAGCACCCGGCCACGGUGGCCCCGGUCCCUCAGUGCCUGGUGAGCGUGGCCAGCAGGCCCCGCGCCGUGUGGGACAUGAAUCACCUCCUGCCCCGGCCGGCGGCAGCUCGUUGUUUACGUGAAAGCCAGGCUCCUGGGAGGAUCCUGCCACCCCACCUUUCCUGUGCCUGUUAUCUCUGCCCCACAGCAGCGUCUGGGCAGCACCAGCGGCCGCUGGGCUCCUCUCGAGGCCAAAACCGAUUUCCCAGCCGCUGCCGGCUCCAGAGUCCGGAGGGAAUUUGCUGCCUUUCUGGCUCCCUGGCAGCUCUCCAGGCCAGCGGAAGGGCUCCGUGUCGGAGGGGGAAGCCAGGCCGUGAAGAACCGUGUAGCUUCUGGGGCACAGAGGGCUGGGAAGGCAGUCCCGAGAGCACCCCAGUGCCUGCAUCACUGGCCGAGGGUGCCGGUGUCACCCCACCGUCCCCGCAAUCUGACUGGACUCGCGUGUGUCCCUGCCCCCGUGCCCUGCCCCACACACUCGGGCGCUGAGAGCGGUCAAUCCCGCUCCCCUCCUUCGAUGGGACCUGGCAACCCGGGCGAGGAGCUGCUGCCCCCUUAGCCCCAAGGGGGUCUGUGAAGGCCUCCUGCCCUGCAGCCUCCGCCAGAGGCCCCUCCGUAGCUCCAUGCGGCGCCGUGGGAGUGGCGGGAGACCGAGACUCGGCACCUCUGCUCUGGAGCCUGGUUUAAACAAGUCGUGUUUUAGUCAUGUGUCUCUAGCCCUUGUCUCUGUGAGUCUUCUCUGUCAGAUCCCCGUAAUAAAGCUUCCUAAGGCA